GUCAAAUGAGUCUGCAGUGCACUGACACAUUUAAUCAUCAGAGCAUCUCUGUACUGAGUGGAGGUUUUAGCAUUUCAGGAUGUUUCCAGCUCUAAGUGUGACUCUGACUGUUCUUCUGCCACUUGCAGCUGCUUUGCAGAUGAACCUCAGUCCGAAGAAGGUGCUGUACAAAGUUGGAGACAGAGAGGAAAUUAAGUGUAGCAUGAAUGAAUGUCCAGAGGAGGUGAAAUUCUCCUGGGGUUCACUGGGCGACAAACCUCUCUAUGCUGACUAUAAAACAUCCCCAAAGGAAUCAGUUCUGAUCUUCAGCAGCGUGACCAAAGACCACGAAAACAUAAUUAAAUGUACAGCGAAGUGCAAAGAAGUGUCCAAACAGGCGACAGCGACAGUGAAAGUGUACUCUUUCGCAAAGGACCCAGUCAUCUCAGGGCACGACAGCUUAGUGUUAGGAGUGAAGAGCACGUUGACCUGUGAGGUCACUGAUGUCUAUCCAGCAGAGUAUAUGGAAGUGGAAUGGCUGCGGGGAGACACUGUCAUGCACACACAGGAGGGCCAGCCUGACACUCAGACUAUUCGGUCCGAUUACACUUUCACACCACAGAGACAGGAUGAUGGAGAGCAGAUAACCUGCCGGGCCUCACUCAUGCUACCAGACAUACCACCAGAUCAGAGUACCAGAGAGACCACCAUAUCCUUGACUAUACUGUCUGCACCAAGCAAUGUGAGAGGGUCUGGGUCAACCACAGUUCCAGCUGGCUCUGCUCUCUCUCUGACCUGUGACGCGGACGGCAGUCCGGAGCCAGUGUUUUCUUGGAACGUUCUCAGGCCUGAUGGUCAGAGGGUUAGAGUAGGAGAGACGCGGGAGCUUUCCCUUCCUAACGUGACUCUGUCAGAUGCAGGGGACUAUGAGUGUGAGGCCAGCAACAGGAUUGGGAAAAAGACAGCCACAGUGACCGUUACCAUUCACGGUCCUCCAACAAACACUGUGAUAUCUGUGUCCCCUGAUGAGCCAAAGGAAGACGAGUCUGUGACCAUCUCCUGCGUGAGCAGCAGUGUUACAGAGAGCCAUCUGGUCCUGAGUAAGCUGCUGGAUGGAGCAGAGACUGAGCUGGCGUCUGAUGAAGGGCCUCGAAUCUCCCUCUCUUACAGCUCUGCCAGCAUCAAUGACUCAGGCCUCUACGUCUGCAAGGCUUUCAAUGAUUACGGCAGCCAGGAGGCCAGUGUCCAGCUUCUUGUUCAAGCUCAUCCUCUGGAGGUGACCCUGCAGCCAGACCUGAGCGUGAUCACAGUAGAGCGAGGGUCAGUCCUGUCACUGUCCUGUGAGGCCUCAGGCUGUCCUCACCCACACUUCACGUGGAAGGGUCUGGAAGAUAAGCCACGAUACAGAAGCAGUGACACUCAGACGGCCGUAUCCCAGCUAAACUUGGGGCCUGUGGGGCCGAAAGAGGAUGGGGCUUUUAUCUGUGAAGUCAAGUGUGGCUCUGUGGUGAAGUCCAAACGCACCGAGGUGAAAAUUUUCUCCUUCCCCUCACAUCCUGCCGUUGAAAGCUCUGGAACUUCUCUGGAGGGUGAGAUGACCAAUUUGACCUGCACGGUCCAUGACGUGUUCCCUGCUGACCGUUUCCGUACGCAGUGGCUGGACGGAGAGACGGAACUGUUUUCACAGACAUGGUCUUUUGCUAAUGGACUGCAGACCCUUAGCUCAGUCUUCUCCUACCAACCUAACGGGAGUGACCAUGAUAAGAACAUUAGCUGUAAGGUUUCACUGGAGAUGGAUGGAGUGCCUGCUGAGCUAGCGGAGAAGACGGCAUCUAUCACCUUGGCAAUGCACUAUGCCCCACGACAGACCACCAUCACCGUGAGCCCGCAGAAGGAGCUGAAGGAAGGGGAGAACAUCAGCAUCUCCUGCCUGACCGACAGUGCUCCAGAGGGACAUGUGGUUUUGAGGAAAGUGCUGGACGGUGAAGAGAUAGAAGUCGCAUCCAGUGAGGGAACGCAAACCUUCUUCACAAUCCACUCUGCUGAGCUGUCUGACUCUGGAGACUAUGUGUGCGAGGCUGUCAAUCAAUACGGAAGUCAUAGAGCCAGCACCCAGAUUAGUGUACAAGCACCUCCCAGAAACACUACAGUGAAGGUGUUACCAUCCACAUCGGUGCAGGAGGGCCAAAACAUCACCAUUUGCUGCCACUCGGUCAGCUUCCCCCCACCUGCUAUCAUUCUCAGGAAGCUGGACAGUGGGAUAGAUAUCUACUCCCCCAAUGGCACCUUUACACUGAUCAACCUCACACCCAACGACACAGGUCUCUACCAGAUCAAUGUCACCAACGCCCUGGGCUACGAGACUGAGGUCUUCAGCAUUCAUGUAAUGGAGAGACUCUCCAGUCCUCCACCCAGUUGGAACAUCUUUAUUACUCCAUUCCUUGGUCUGGGACUGUUGACCUCCGCAGCCGUCGUGCUGGAGUAUCUAAGGAGAGCGCGGCUCAAGGGCUUCUACGAGCUGAGCAAGUGCCAACCAGGCACUGUGUAGACUGUGUGGACAAACGCAGACUUUGAGUGAGAUUAGACUCUGCUGAACUGAAUCAGACUCCACACUGAACUGAAUUAGCUCCCUUGCUGAACUGAAUCAGACAUCAGACUGAAGUGAAUCAGAGUCCAUGAUACACCUUAUGAGACUGCUGAACUGAUGCAGAUUCUACUAAACUGAAUCAGACUCCACUGAACUGAGUGAGACUCCAUACUGAACUGAAUCAGACUGCACUCAUGAACUGAGUCAGACUCCAUGCUGAAUGGAAUCAGACUCCAUGCUGAACUGAAUCAGACUGCACUGAAGUGAAUCAGGCUCAUCAGUCAUACUGAACGAAGUCAGACUCCACUAAACUAAGUCAGACUCGCCUUGAAUCAGAUUCCACUGAACUGAAUCAAACUCCUUGCUGAACUGAAUCAGACUCCAUGCCAAACUGAAUCACACUGCACUGAAGUGAAUCGGAUUCAUCAGUCAUACUGAACUGAAUCAGACUCCACUAAACUAAGUCAGACUCCACUUAAGUCAGACUCCACUAAACUGAAUCAGACGUCAUGCUGAACUGAAUCAAACGUCAUCCUGAAUAAUUCAGACUGUGCUGAAGUGAAUCAGACUCCACAUUGAAAAGGUUCAGCCUAUUCUUAACUGAAUCGCACACCACUGAACUGAGUCAGGCACUAAAUGAAUCAGAUUCUUCUGAUCUCAACUGCACUGUCAGUGCCUGCUUCUCCCUUGGUGUGGAGCUGCAAGAUUAAUGAGGCUCCAGUGGUGGACAGCUGUUGCUGGAGGACAGCUUGGGAGAGAUAAUGAAUGCUGCACAGCACGUGUCCACUUGAGGAGCCAUAUGUUAUUACUACUGUUUGUAUAUUUCUGUUUGUGAGAGAGCGAGAGAAUGAAAGUGUGAUUGAGUAAAAGUAUGUGAAACAGAGAAAAUGAUGUACAUAUUAUUUUGCAGAAGAUAGUUGUUUCCUAAUACAGCUACUUUAGACAGAAUUUUCGCACAAGACACAGUACGAGAUAGACAUGAUAUACUCACUGUUUUUACUGUAGUUUUUGUUGUGUUUUAGCGAGACCUUCAUAGCUCACACAUGUAAUAGCAGAACUGAAGAUUGGUAAUAUUCAUUCCAUUCUCAUGAUUUUUUUAGUUACUGUUCAGAACAUCUGUGUUUCCUUUGUUGGUGUAUAUUCAUGUCUUACCUUUCUAAAAGUGAGUGUAAAUGGAAAAUGUCUUCACUCUAAUAAAUAUUUAUUACAUGAAUA